AUGAUGAGUUUGGUAGCCGGGCAUCUCAGUAAACUUUUUCAUGAAUGGAAAAAGAUUACUAAGGAUGGCUUUAUUUUAAAAUGUAUAAACGGUUACGAAAUUCCGUUUUCCACAAACCCACCGUUAGCAUUAAGCUAUUCUAAAGAGUUAGUGUCUUUACUUGCGUUAGCGACAGCUCACAGAGUCCAGACAUUAUCGCUGAUUAAAAUAAAAAAUAUUGUAUUUUCGGAAGGUGGAACAAAAAUCAAAAUAACAGAUCACAUUAAAACGUCAAGAGUCGGAGUCGCACAACCG